GGAGGUCUAGGCCAAAUGGGUGGGCCAGCCAGGAUCCUGGGACCUUUGACCGCUCGAGACCGGAGAGAGGAAAAGAAACAGGCGGGAACCGGUGGGGGAGGGAGGGGACCAGCGGAAAGUGUCAUGGCGGCCACGGUCUGGGGUCACGUGCCCCGGGGGCCGCCAUGGUACUUCCGGUCACGUGCCCUCAGACUCCUCGCAGCCAGCGAUGGAGGCGAGACCCCCCAGUAACAGAGGCGGUAGCGACUGCUGCGGCCGCUGGGUUUCAGCCUCUUCCCAGCAGCGGCUCUAAGCAGCACAGCGGAACUCGACCCGACCCAACCCAGUUACUCCCUGCCCAGAGCUGUAGCUCCCACCUGCACCUUCAAGCCACCAUGGCUACUUCAUCGGAAGAAGUUUUGCUGAUUGUGAAGAAGGUGCGCCAAAAGAAGCAGGAUGGAGCUCUAUACCUAAUGGCAGAAAGAAUCGCUUGGGCACCUGAAGGCAAAGAUAGAUUUACAAUCAGCCAUAUGUAUGCGGAUAUUAAAUGCCAGAAAAUCAGUCCAGAAGGAAAAGCUAAAAUUCAACUUCAGCUGGUCCUGCAUGCAGGGGACACAACUAACUUCCAUUUUUCCAAUGAAAGCACAGCAGUGAAAGAGCGAGAUGCAGUAAAGGACCUUCUUCAGCAGCUGCUGCCUAAAUUCAAGAGGAAAGCAAAUAAAGAACUGGAAGAAAAAAACAGAAUGCUGCAAGAAGAUCCUGUUUUGUUUCAGCUUUAUAAAGACCUUGUUGUGAGUCAAGUAAUCAGUGCUGAGGAAUUCUGGGCCAAUCGUUUAAAUGUGAAUGCAACAGAUAGUUCUUCCACAUCCAAUCAUAAGCAGGAUGUUGGCAUUUCUGCAGCAUUUCUGGCUGAUGUCCGGCCCCAAACCGAUGGCUGCAAUGGUCUGAGAUAUAAUUUAACCUCUGAUAUUAUCGAGUCCAUAUUUAGGACCUAUCCAGCAGUAAAAAUGAAAUAUGCAGAGAAUGUUCCCCACAACAUGACCGAGAAGGAAUUCUGGACACGUUUUUUCCAGUCCCAUUACUUUCACAGGGACCGGCUGAAUACAGGGUCAAAGGAUCUCUUUGCAGAAUGUGCCAAAAUAGAUGAAAAAGGGUUAAAAACAAUGGUUUCAUUAGGAGUGAAAAACCCACUACUAGAUUUGACAGCUUUAGAAGAUAAACCAUUAGAUGAGGGCUAUGGCAUUUCCUCUGUGCCAUCUACUUCCAAUUCUAAAUCCAUAAAAGAAAACAGUAAUGCUGCCAUCAUCAAGAGGUUUAACCAUCACAGUGCCAUGGUCCUGGCAGCAGGACUCAGGAAACAAGAAGCACAAAAUGAACAAAAUGGUGAGCCCAGCAGCAUCGAUGGAAAUUCUGGAGAUGCAGACUGCUUUCAGCCAGCAGUCAAAAGGGCUAAGUUACAAGAGUCCAUUGAAUAUGAAGACCUGGGAAAAAAUAAUUCCGUAAAAACAAUUGCACUAAACCUCAAGAAGUCAGAUAGGUAUUACCAUGGUCCAACUCCAAUCCAGUCACUACAGUAUGCAACGAGUCAGGACAUUAUUAAUUCUUUUCAAAGUAUUAGACAAGAAAUGGAAGCUUAUACACCCAAGUUAACUCAGGUGGAGAUGGUGCCAAACGAUAUUCAGUCUGAAUUGAAACACUUGUAUGUAGCUGUUGGAGAGCUACUUCGGCAUUUCUGGUCCUGCUUUCCUGUUAAUACACCAUUCCUAGAAGAAAAGGUAGUAAAAAUGAAAAGUAAUUUAGAACGAUUCCAAGUUACAAAGCUCUGCCCAUUCCAAGACAAAAUUCGGAGACAGUAUUUAAGCACAAAUUUGGUAAGUCACAUAGAAGAGAUGCUCCAGACGGCCUACAACAAGCUCCACACCUGGCAGUCACGGCGCUUGAUGAAGAAGACGUGAAGUGGUUAUGGCGCUCACAGGUUUUGUAAGAUUGAAAGAGCUAAGACCUGCAGCAACUCUGGAAACCUGGCCUGACAGACAUGCAGAUGACCACACAGGCGUGGAAGGAAACAUCUGCACCAUGCCAACUCCCAGAGCUGAUGCUAUUGUACUUGCACAUCGGGAACUGAAAGGAAGGAAAAGACUGUGAUUCAACUAAAUACUAGGGAGGUAAAUUAAGGCAGAACCAAAAUGAGCUAAGUUGCAAAUAUAUAUAUAUAUGUAUGUGUGUAUAUAUAUGCAUAUAUAUAUUUAAAAAGACUGUUUAUUGCAGUUACUCAGGAACUGCUUUUGAUUCACAUUAAGCUGCUUUCAGAAAUUUAAAAAAAAAACACUUUUUUAAAAGGGUGCAUUGAUAAAAUCUGAGGUUUUUUUGGUUUAUUUUUUUUCUGUGUAAAUUUUUUUCAUAAGUUGAUGGCACAGGGUAGAACUUAAGUAUUUCUCCUCCAUCCUCCAUCUUCCACUUGGAUCCUCAAGUUUUCCUGAAUUCUAGUUGUACCUUACAUCAGCAAGUUAAAGAGAGUACUUUAAAAUAAAGCAGAGGGAGACUGUUGUUGAACCAUCAGGAAACAGUUGUAGUCAGAAGACAUCGUUACUCCUGUGUUUCCUACGGAAAUAAGAAACAAUAAAUAUUGCACUGAAUGUUUGUGGUUUGGAGUCCCUAAAUAAUAAAGAGGGAACAUAUUUGCAGAAAGUCAUGUGGGGUUUUUUAUGCAGAAUUUUGUCAGAAGACAAUGGCGCUGCAUGUUUUUCUUUGAGUGCAAAUGUACAUUGCUAAAAUUUUUUUUUAAGAUGGCAUGUGCUUUGAAAAGAGAAAAUUGCAUUUUUAAGAGUUUAAAAAUCUUAUGAGUGAGAAAUAUAAUACUUAUUUUCACCUCUUUAGAAGAAAUAAAAGAUGUUUCU